AUGGUCAAGGUCUUGAGAAUAACUGGUGAUGUCGAUGUGGACAUAACUGAUGACGAAAGGAGCCUUGGUGUUUCAUUUACAGAGCUCAAUGGUGUGGAGUAUGAUGAUUUGACGGAGUGCAACAAAGAGUCUCUGCCGUACUAUCUCUCCCAUGACAAGAGCAAGAUAUAUGUAAUUGAUUCCAUUAUGUCUGGGUCUGGAAGAACUGAUUCCCGUGAUCCAUAUCCCUUGAUUUUGAAACCAAUAUUUGCCAGAUUGGGUGUUAUACAUGAGUACAUCAAGCUAGGAGAUUCUCAGGCAUCUAGCAAACUUUGCCACCAGUUUCCAGGAGAUGUCCCUUUGACCUUGAUAUUUCUCUCGGGAGAUACCACACUGAGCGAGUUUAUCAACUCUUUGAGCGGAAUUUCCGGAAGUGGGCGGGACGUGACAUUGUUGCCUAUUCCAAUGGGUACUGGUAAUGCCUACUCUCAUUCAGUGGGAAUACACAAUGUGGCAGAUGCUGUCAAGGCAUUGUUUGGAGCUCAAGUCAAUCCUUUUAAUUGUUACAGUGCAAAAUUCUCAGAGGGAACUCAUUUGCCAACUGGGGGUGAUGUUGACGAGAUGCUGUUUUUCGUGGUGGCCUCUUGGGGUUUGCAUGCUUCGCUUGUUGCUGAUAGUGAUUCACCAGAAUUGCGACAAUUCGGCAUUCAGAGGUUCAAGAUGGCGUUUGAGGACUUAAUGAAGGAGAAUCCUUCAUUUCACGGUCAACUGGGAAUUUUGCAUGACGAAGUGGAAGAGUUUUUGUCUGAUGAUACACUGUCAUAUUUUGUGAUUGCGGCAGUCCCCAGGUUCGAGGAGAAGUUUUGCAUUUCUCCCAAGAGCGAUCCUAAAUAUUCAACGUUGUACGUAAUAAGCUUCGAUUACCAAGUGAAUACGGAGAAUUCCAUGAAGAUAAUGGGAGAAGCCUACAACAAUGGGGCCCAUAUUGAGAAUCCUUUGGUGAGGUACUUGGAGGUCAAAGCUCCAAAGACGAUUGCUUUAAAAGUGAAAGAGUCAAAUGAGCGUCUCAGCCGGAUAUGCAUUGAUGGUAAGAUAGUGGUUUUGGGGGGAGACAAAACUCUACGUGUUAAAUCGGUGGGAUCGUCUGUCAAUGGUUGGAAGAUUUCGUGUGUCGCAUUAUGA